AUGUUCAUUAAGGAUUACUUCAAGGGAUCUUCCACCUUUUCUUUUCGUGGCUGCUUUCCUUCAGGAUGGGUUAUUCUGUUACUUUCAAGCGUAAUCACUCUCGUUUCCGAGAAUGCAGUUUUGGACCAAGAUAAUUUCUGGCCAACGUUUACGAUCUAUUUCUCUGUUGGGCUGGCUUGCUUCUGCGUGUCAUCAUACGUGAUCUACCGUCGGGAAAAACCUUUCAUCAAGAAAAUCAUCCGCUUUCGCGACCACUCGGGCUAA